AUGAUAACGGUCGGUCAACAAUCAGAAGCCUUUGUUUCAUUUAAAUUAUUCGAGGUGCAGCAAGGAGAUGAUAGAGAAAUCCGACAACGUGAUGAUAUUUGUCGUGCUGAUAAUCCAAAAUUUUCACUCCCGCUACACCUAAAAUUAUUUCUCGUGUUUUAUUUUCACGAUGAGAUCAACAUCAUCAUUAAGAUUAUCCUGUUAAAAAUUGGAAUUAAAAGAUUAGGUAUUGGAUCGCAAAGAAGCCGAGUUUCACCAAUACACGAUCGUCAGAAGAAUCCGAUAUCUGGAAGAUGUUGGGGUGAUGCUCAUAAGCCUUUCAUCAUCAGAAAAUAUGGGAUGUGA